AUUAGCGAUAGCAAUAACCAAAGUUUACCUGUGCAGGAUCCCGGUGGUUUUCAGCAAGCGUUUUUAACAGAAUCCGACGUACUGGUGCACCAUGUUGGAAGGUUGGUACUGCCGCACAAUGAACGAGGAAGCACGCCAACAGAGUGCUCUCAAUACGACCGCUGAAACGACGCCGGAGAAAAAUGAUGCGCCGGAAGCAGAAUGCGAAAGCACCAGUCCAGAAAAUGAUAGCGAUGAUGGCGCCCUCACCAACCCUAACCUCAAUCAUUCAGCAUUUUACUGUGGGUUGAAACAUAAAAUGAAAAGACUCAUCAACGAAACUGCGUACCUUGAAAACAAGCUGCGCAAUGCCCAACGCCGUCUGUUGAAAGCAACGCGCGAUAGAUCGUUUCUGCUCGACCGGCUGCUUGAGUACGAACGGCCGGAGUUAACAUCGUCGGAUAGCGAUGACAGCUAUUCAUUGGUGGAUGGAAGGCAGCCGGUUUCAAAAAAACGAAAAAUUGAUGCAUCUGUACCAUCUGCAUCUGCACCAAAUACAGCGGGAACCGAGCAAGCUCCAGGGCAAACGAAAGCAGUUCCUGGACAAACUGAUUCGACCACUUCUCAGGUAAAACGAAGUAAGAAAGAUCCCAAACGACAGCAGAAUAAACCAACGAAUGUGCUACCAUCUGCAUCACGCUGCCCGUUCGAGCCAUUUGAUACCUGCAGCGAAACUCGCCAUCUUUACUAUGGAGGUAUUUUCACGCAUAUCAACCAGAAUCCUUUACUAUCCAGCACAUACCAACAUACAAUCAGUUAUCCAUCGACACUAACGUCAAUACCAGAUGUUCAGUCGACACCGACGGAUCUUUUGGCGCCGAGUUUCGAUACAAACUAUUUGCCAAAUCCCAUUCAGUGCGAAGCAACUGCUACGGAAAGGCAACCAACCAAAGAGGAAAUCGAGCGACACCUUCAGCUUCGGCAAGUAAUACCGGAAGUUGUACCGGAGGGAGAGCUGCCUGCCGAAAUGUUCAACAACAACCCGUUCACUGAUUCUAUCGAUCAGAUGGUUGAUGCGACUACAAGCGAACUGCUUACCGAUUGAUCUUCAAGUGCUGCGUUAACUCAUCACCUUUGGGUGUGUGUUUGGAAAUCAUUUGAAACACACCAAAUCAGGUACAUAAUUUUCCUUACGUUUGAACUAACUAACAUGUUAUUGGAUUGGUUACCUUUUUUCACCUUGUUUUCUACCAAGGCUAUCACUAAGAAGCUAAAGUUGCAUUAUCUUUUCAAAGAGAGGCAAUGGUUAUUGUUUGACUACUUAGAAUGUUUUUAUCGAUCCUUUGUUGAACUUAAUGCUCAUUUGAUGAGACGAGGAAAUUCGAAAAGAAAAAUUGUAAAUUUCAACUUGUUUUAAAGUAAGCGUGCUUAUGAAUUUCAGUAGAUCUCUCUGAGAUGCCGAAGUAUACUGAAUUUACGAAUCUAGCUCGUUUGUAUAAGUUCCCCGAUGAGUCUUUCGCCCAUUAUUCCUUAGCUAUUCUAUAGUUUUUUUGUUUAUGUGUUAAUCAAUUGAUUGAGUUAGAAAAAUAAUUUCAAGAAAAGUGUCUAGCUAAAACUACAUCCUCCUAGAUCAUUUACUUUUCUACGCAUUAAUCGAAGCAUUCGUGAGACGAGGCAAUUUGAAAAGGAAAAUGACAAAUUUCAACUUGUUUUAAAGUAAGAGUGCUUAUAAAUGUUAGUAACUCUGAGAUGCGAAGGUAUAUUGAAAUUACGAAAAGUUCUAGUAUAUAUAUAUAUAUAUAUCAGUGGCGUCUCGUCCACCUGAGCAACCUGUGCACUGCACAGUCAUGAAUUUAUAAAAAGAAUCACAAAAUUAUUUGUUUAGUUAUGGUAUUGUAAUUUCCACCCGCAAUAGUUGCGUUCAAAAUCUUUUUAACGCUUUACAACGUUGCGCUGGGCACUUCUGCUGGUGCACCGCUGCUACAAACGAGCAUCUUUAAUCAAAUAAGAACAGUUCUCUUAACCACAGUCUCAUAAUACCAUCCUCAUUACGAACGGUGAAGAAGCGGUAGUUUUCUUAUUAGCAAGAGUCAAAAUCCAGUUGGAAAGUCGAUCAGUUUUGUUUACGGGUGGGCACUUCAGCCAGUGCCCUAGGCAAUCGUAUAUGUACACAUUAGUUCUCUCGUGCAUGUGUUGAAUGCGUCCAUGUGAAAUUGUCGAUGUAUAGGUGCCUUUCCUGUGCACAUUAGAUUGUACCCAGGCCGGACCCGAGGCGAGUCUCACUUACCAAAUAAGAAUUUGAUUCACAGACAUUGACUAACCGCGGAUAUAUUUAUCGAGUAGAUAUUGACGUUCGUGAAGUAAAUUUGGAAGAAAAUAAAACUUUGGAAUAAAAUCGAA